AUAACGAGUAAAGUAGCUUAAAAUUGAUCUAACAAACAUUCAGGUGUAUCAUUUCAUUAUAUUACAUCCUAUAACAAUUUAUUUUAAUAAAGAAUUAGUUAUAUUAUAUAUUAAGUAAUAAGUGCAACAUCGCGUUAAUAGAUGGCAACAUCUAACAUAACCUUACUUUAUUUAUUUACAUUUACAUUGUAUUUUUUUAAUUUUUAAUAACGAUAAUGACACAAUUUUAAUAAAACACUAUAAGAAUUUGUGCGAAAUUUAUCAACCUAAUUAUUUUAACGUUCAUUUUAAACGUAUUUAUUUGAAUUUAAAAAAAAAAAUAAUAAAUAAUUGACAUAACCUCAAAAAUGAAAAUUUUAAUUUUAUUUUUCUUAUUCAAAUCAGCUUUAUCGAGCCGUUUAAAUAUAAUUUUGAUUUUAGCCGAUGAUUUGGGUUGGAACGAUGUAAGCUUCCAUGGAGCGAAUCAAAUUUUCACCCCAAACAUCGAUUCUUUGGCUUACAACGGGAUCGUUUUAAAUCAAUUUUACACCCAAUCGGCUUGUUCCCCAUCACGAGCCGCUUUAUUAACAGGAAAAUAUCCGAUACGAACUGGGUUCCAAGGUUACCCCCUUUUGGGGGGAGAAAACCACCCCUUACCAUUAACAUCACCAACUUUACCGGAAGAAUUAAAAAAAUUAAAUUACAAAACUCAUUUAGUUGGGAAGUGGCAUUUAGGAAGUCCUUGCUUGAAGAACACCCCAAUUGGAAGAGGUUUCGAUACAUUUUUCGGCUACUACAAUGGCUUUAUCGGUUACUUCGACUACAAAAUGGCUCAAAAUGAUUUUUUAGGUUACGAUCUUCAUAAAAACAACGAAACUUGCUAUGAUGCCACAAAUCGAUACAUUUUGGACGUUUUAAACGAAAAAGUAAUUGAAAUUAUUGAAAAUCACAACGAAAAUGAGCCUUUAUUUUUAAUGAUUUCCCACUUGGCACCUCAUGUUGGUGAAAAUGGAACCGAAUUGCCUGUUAAAAAUCAAACGGAAGUUAAUAACAAGUUUAAUUUUAUCGAGGAUGAGGAAAGAAGGAGAUAUGCAGAUAUCGUCCAAACACUGGAUUCGACGAUUUCUGAUACAAUCGUAGCUUUAAAUAGGCGAAAUUUAUUGGAAAAUUCCAUUAUUUUCUUCUUAUCGGACAAUGGAGGCCAAACAUACGGAAUGCACGCUAAUAAAGCAUCGAAUUGGCCGCUAAAAGGGCAAAAAUUUACAAUUUUAAACGGAGGAAUUCGCGUCCCAUGCAUUAUCUAUUCCCCAAAGUUACCCAAAAGCAUCAUUAAGCACGAUUUGGUUCACAUCGUUGAUUUAUUUUCAACGAUUAUUAACAUGGCAGGGGGCGAAUUAAAUGAUUCAUCAAGUUUUGAUUCAAUAAACAUCAAGAAAAAUCUUUUCGAAAACACUCAAAGUUCCAGAAAAGAGUUGUUACUCGAAUUAGAUGAUCACAUGGAUGUCUUUGGGUUCAUAUCCGGAGAUUAUAAAUUGGUUAAAGAUAAUUAUUUGGGGGGAUUUUAUCAUAAUAGAAGCGGAGAAACUGGAAGGGGGGUUAACGACCCGGAUUAUGACUCAAAAUCAGUUUUAAACAGCCCCGUUAAUAAGAUCCUCGAAAGAUUUUCUACAAAAAAUGAGAUUUUAACCGAAAAUAAAAUUAAAGAAAUCAGAAAUAAAUUAGAUUUGGGAAUUUUUAAUAACACCAACGAAUUUAAUUGCUCCAAAACAUGCUUGUUUAAUUUAAAAGAUAAUCCGUUAGAAACUACAAACAUCAUCGAUGAUUUUGAGGAAAUCUCCAAUGAUUUAUGGAGAAAAAUUAAUGAUUUUAAACAAUUCGUGGUACCAAGAGGAGUUCCAACAGUUGAUAUUGCGUCAAACCCCACGUUUUUUAAUGGAACUUGGAGUCCUUGGUUGGAAAAUAAAGGAAAAUGUUAAUAAAAGUACCUGUAUUUAUGAGGAAUGUUGAUCUAAAAAUCCAUUACAUGAUCUUACACACUG